AUGGCAUUUACGUUGUGUACACGUCAAUCUGGCGUGUACAGCUUCUGCCGUAAUGUUUUGCCUCUGAACUUUCGCCGUCAUGCCACUGGCGGCAAUGUCUUUGCUGACGGUGACACCGUGCUUCUCAAAUACUUUCGACGAGGACAAGAUGAUGCUGAAGUGCUCGUGAAGCUCCGCAAAGGCGGAGAAGUGCACACUGGUCGCGGUCGGACGUAUCACAACGAACUGAUAGGCAAAAGUCCUCGCGACCACCUUAAAAGCAGCAGUGGAUCUCGCAUUCGUGUGAUGGAACCCACGCUGGCCGACUAUUGCAGAUUGACUCCGCGGCUCUGUACUCCUAUAUAUCCUUGGAGUGCGAAUACAAUUGUAAGUGCGCUAGAUAUACAUCUACCAGAGAUUGGAGACAGCGAGACUCCGCCAUUGGAAAUACUAGAGUCUGGGACUGGUCACGGAUCCUUGACUCUCCAUCUGGCAAGAGCCAUACACGGAGCAAAUCCACCGCGCCCUCGGGUCCCGUCGAGCUCUACACCGGAGCGCAACAUGGAAGAUGCUACAUACAAUGGACAUAGUGCUGACGAUGUCUUUGAGCACACAAUGUCAGAAUGGAAGAAGAAUAGGCGAGCAGUAAUUCACACAGUUGACAACCGUCCGAACCACGCAAAGCGGGGAAAAGAGAUAGUCCGAGGCUUCCGCCGAGGUUUAUAUGCUGAUAACGUGGAGUUCCAUGUAAGCGAUGUGAGCUCGUGGAUUACUCGGGAACAAGAGCGGAGGGAGUCUGAAGAACCAUUUCUGUCACACGUCGUUCUCGACAUGCCAUCGGCACAAGCUCAUUUAUCAACCAUUGCAAGGGCUCUACGUGUAGACGGCGUGCUUGCUAUAUUCAAUCCCAGCAUUACGCAAAUUGGAGAUUGCGAGAAGCGUAUACGGCUGGAGGCACUCCCCUUGACCCAGGACCAAGUCAUCGAACUUGUAUCACCGCGGCCAUGGGACCUCACGUGUACCGUGCCGAGAAGUAUUAGACCGCGAGAAUACCCAUCGACGCAAACUUCGGCUGUCGAAACCGAGACCGUUGAUGUGCCUACGGAGGAACUAUGCACUGAGGAAUCAGUGACCCCUGAAACUGAAAAUGCUGGAGAUCGCUCAGCACAAUCGGUAAUGAAUGCCGAGCGCGUUGAACCAGACAGCGUUAUGAUUUGCCGACCAAAGUUCUAUACCGGAAAUACCGGCGGGGGAUUCCUCGGGGUCUGGCGGCGGAUGCACCUGAGGACAGUCGAGGAAAUGACCAAGACACAGGGCUGA